ACUGCUAAUAACACCCCACCUACUAUUGCUAACAAUUUCUAAAAUAUCAAACACUCCUACCCAGUAGCCUAACUGCCCAAUCCCAAGGCCCAACUAACACAAUUCUGAUUCACACCAACACAACACACGUCCCGCCAUCCACAAUUCACAAUCACGCUUUCUUUCUUUCUCUCUUUCUCACAGUGAACAAACAAACUCCCUCUCUGUUUCAACAACAUCAAAAAAUCAACCACAUCCACAUCCUUGUUUUAAAAUAAAACUUCCUCUUCCUUGUUUCUUGUGUCUCUAAUCUUCUCAUUCCUUAUUUUUUUUUCUCUCUUCCUCCAUUGGUGGUGAUCUAAGAGCAGUAAACAUUCAAUGAAGAGAAAGAGAUUUUACAAACCAAUUUCAGAAUCAGAACAAUCAUCAACUCCUAAUCCUAAUCCUCAAACACUUGAUGAAUGUGAAAGUAUACAAUUGGGUCCACCUUUGAAAAAAAGAUGGUUAGAAUUGGAUUUGGGAAAGCUUCCUAGUGAUCAUGGGUUGAGGCCAAGACUUUUAGAUUAUCAUCCAAGUGAUAGAGAGAAAAUUAGGAGAUACUAUUUUCAAAAGGGCCUUUGUCAACCAAGAGAGAUUAAUUUUCCACUUACAAAAUUUGGAGAUUCCUCUCGUAAGUUUAAUUUGGAAUGGUAUUCAAAAUAUGGCGGUUGGUUGGAAUAUAGUCAAAAGGAAGAUGCAGCAUAUUGCUUAUGUUGUUAUCUCAUGAGAUCACAUCUUAAAGAACAUAGAGGUAGUGGCGAGGCCUUUAUAACAGAAGGUUUUACAAAUUGGAGAAAAAGUGACAAGUUCCAAGUCCAUGUCGGAAGUGUAAACAGCGCUCAUAAUCAAGCAUUGAGAAACUGUCAAGAUCUAAUGAAACAAAAGCAACAUAUUGAAGGAUAUAAUGGGGCAAGCAACAUGCGAGGUGAAUAUAAUGGUCUCAAAAGCUUGAUAUUGAAAGAAAAUUGUUCUACUUUUUAUAUUCGUUGUUUUGCUCAUCAACUCCAAUUAGCUCUUGUGACAUUAGCAAAAAAACAUUCUGACAUUGCAUCAUUUUUUAAUCAAGUAGCUAAUUUGUCUAAUGUUGUUGGAGGAUUAUGUAAGCGUCGAGAUGCUCUUCGUGAAAGUCAAUUUAAAAAGGUAGAGGAAGCAUUGAAAGUAGCAAAAAAUAACUAGUGGGCGUGGCUUGAAUAAAGAAAUCGGGGUUAAGAAGGCGAGGGAUACUCGAUGGAGUUCACAUUAUGGUACAUUACUUAGUAUAGUUUCUUUAUUCUCUUCUAUGAUUGAUGUGCUUGACAUGAUUGAGGAAGAUGGAACAAGCUCGGAUCAAAGAGGUGACACAAAGCUUUUGUUGAAAUGUAUGCAAUCUUUUGAAUUUAUUUUCAUCUUGCACUAGAUGAAAAAAGUUUUGUCAAUUACUCAUGAGUUAUCUCAAGCACUACAAAGAAGUGAUCAAGAUAUUGUUAAUGCCAUGAAAUUAGUCAAAAUGUCCAAACAAAAGUUAAAAACUAUAAGGGAUAGUGGUUGAGAUUCUUCGCUCGAUGAAGUUUCAUUGUUUUGUGAACAUCAUGAAGUUGUCAUCCCAGAUAUGGAUGAUACCUAUCAAACAUUUAAAAAGUCAAAACGCAACUCAGAGAAAGUUUCUAACUUACAUUACUUUCAAGUUCAAUUCUUCUAUCAAGUGAUUGAUCGACAACUUCAAGAGUUGAAUAAUCGUUCUUCAGAAGUGAAUACUGAGUUGCUUCUUUGUGUAGCUUGUUUAAACCUAAGAGAUAGCUUUUCUGCAUUUGAUAAGAAGAAUUUGAUUCGUUUAGCUGAAUUUUCUCCUUCAGAUUUUUCUCCUGUUCAACUAUUGGAACUAGAUUCUCAACUUGAAAAUUAUAUUGUAGAUGUAUGCUCUGAAGAUGCAUUUUAUGAAUUAGAGGGGAUUGGUGAUUUGAGUAUAAAGAUGGUGGAGACAAGGAGACAUAUUGUGUAUCCGUUGGUAUAUUUGCUUUUAAAGUUAUCUUUGAUACUACUUGUGGCAACUGCAACAGCUGAAAGAGCUUUUUCAGCUAUGAAGAUUAUCAAGACUCAGUUGCGAAAUCGAAUGGGUGAUUAAUGGUUAGAUGAUUGUCUAGUUACUUAUAUAGAAAGAGAGAUUUUUAUUGAGAUUGAAAAUGAGAAAAUCAUUCGAUAUUUCCAAAAUAUGAAUAGUCGCAUAGAGGACAAUUGUAAUUGUUGUUGGCAGCUGGGUUUUGGUUUGGUGAUGACCUUUGUUGUUUUUGUGGUUUUGGAGCUUAGGCAGGGUGCUCUUUUCCUACUAUAUAUUGCAGGUUUUUCUUUUUGUCUUUUGCUGCAGUGCUGUUGUGUUUUCCUGCUAUAUAUUCCAGCGGCCUAUUAGUAUUUUAGGUGUUUAUUUGUGUUUUUUGUUCUUAGUAUUUUAGCACUUUGUUGUUAAUAUAUAUAUUCCUGCUAUGUAAAAUAUAUAUAUAGUGCCUCCACUAGUUGAAAUUCCUGGCUCCGCCCC